AGCCCGAGACCUUGAGUUUCCCCGAUGGAGGCGACAUUUGUGAUAAUCGGUGGAGGAAUAUCCGGAGUGACCUGUGCCAAGGGGUUGGGGUUCCUGGCGCCUGAGGAAUCAGUGAUCCUGAUCACCUCGACUCCCUUAAUAAAAGUUGUAUCCAGUGUAGUUCCUCAGGGGAAGCUCUCAGUGUCCCUGAACAUCACCGAGGAGACGAUCUCAUCGUUAUCCCCAGAUCACCCCACCCUAAGAGUCCUGGAGGACACAGUGACGAUGAUAAAUCCCGAGGAGAAACUCCUGGAGACCUCCACCAAGAAGACAAUAAAAUUCAAAAAGCUUUGCAUCUGCACUGGAGCAAGACCCCGGCUGAUCUCCCCAAAUCCCCACGUCCUAGGUAUCCGAGACACCGAAUCAGUGGAGAAUUUCUCCCAGAGGAUAUCCAAAUCGAAAAAAAUCCUGGUGAUAGGAAACGGUGGAAUAGCAACUGAAAUCGUCUACAAAAUAAAAAACGUGGAUAUCGUCUGGGCGAUAAAGGACAAGCACAUCUCAGCGACAUUUGUCGACCCCGGAGCUGCUGAAUUCUUCCUAUCGAGAUUAUCAAAUCCCCAGGAAGACGAGGAGAGAGUGAAUCCCUGCAAGAGAAUAAAAUACACAGCGAGAGCAGAAAAAACUGGAGAAAUAGCUGGAGCAGCCCUGGGUCCAGACUGGGACGAGAUCCUCACCUCCAGGGGCUCCAGUGAUGCCUCCAGGAGAGUCGAGAUCGAGUGCGAGUGUGAGAUCACCAGAAUAACGAGUGAAACACCUCCUGGAGGAGGUGACUGGCCAGUUUUUGCUGAAUUGUCAACCGGAAAAAUCGUGGGGUGUGAUCUGAUCGUCUCAGCAACUGGAGUCACUCCUAAUUCUGAUAUCAUCGGUCUGGAGAAUUUGGAGAAGAGUGAGGAUGGUGGACUCCUGGUGGACUGGAAGAUGGAGACAUCUUCUGGGGAUAUUUAUGCAGCUGGUGACGUGUGUUCGGCCAAUUGGCAAAUUGCUGAUCACUGGAUGCAGAUGAGACUCUGGACUCAGGCCUAUCAGAUGGGAUCCUACGCUGCCAAGGUCAUGGCAUCGACUCUCAGGAAGGAGAUGUUCCUCCAGGACUUUUGUUUCGAAUUGUUCACACAUGUCACCAACUUUUUUGGGUAUAAAGUCGUGCUCCUGGGGCUGUACAAUGGCCAGCGACUCCUCGGGGACUACGAGGUCAUCCUCAGGGUCACCAAGGACUUGGAAUUCGUCAAACUCGUCGUCAAGGGGGGAAAACUCCAAGGGGCAGUGCUCAUUGGGGAAACUGAUCUCGAGGAAAUGUGUGAAAAUCUUAUUCUUAAUCAAUUGGACAUUUCCCAAUUUGGGGAACACUUGCUCGAUCCUGAUAUCGAUAUCGAGGAUUAUUUCGAUUGAUUCUAUCGAGAUAAUUGAAUUCUAAAUAAUUUUUCGAUAAAAUUCCUUUUCUGUUAAAAUAUUU